GCUGAGAGGGCGCUGCCACGAGCCAGGAACGACCCGCCUGCAGCCAUGGAAAGCGGAAUGCAGCUCCUAAACCGGGAUGGGCACAGCAUCUCCCACAACUCGAAACGGCACUACCACGACGCCUUUGUCUGUAUGAACCGCAUGCGGCAGCGAUCCUUGCUCUGCGACAUUGUGCUGCACGUGGCCACCAAGGAGAUCAAGGCCCACAAAGUGGUGCUGGCUUCCUGUAGCCCUUACUUCCACGCCAUGUUCACAAGCAAGUAUCUCUACCCAAAUCCUCUUCCUCUUGCGGGUUUCUGCUUAAGCUACCCAUGGUGUCCUCACGGAGUUCCCUUGUGUUCCCUUGCCACCACAGAUGAGAUGAGUGAAAGCCGACAGACCCACAUAACACUCCAUGAUAUCGACCCGCAGGCGCUGGAGCAGCUGGUUCAAUAUGCCUACACGGCUGAGAUUGUGGUGGGAGAAGGGAACGUACAGACACUGCUUCCUGCCGCCAGCCUCCUCCAGCUGAACGGGGUGCGGGAUGCUUGCUGCAAGUUCCUGUUGAGCCAGCUGGACCCCUCCAACUGCCUGGGCAUCCGGGGGUUUGCAGACACGCAUUCCUGCAGCGACCUGUUGAAGUCGGCCCACAAAUAUGUCCUGCAGCACUUUGUGGAUGUCUCCAAGACAGAAGAGUUCAUGCUUCUGCCUCUCAAGCAGGUGCUGGAUCUCAUCUCCAGUGACAGCCUCAAUGUCCCCUCAGAGGAGGAAGUCUACCGAGCUGUCUUGAGCUGGGUGAAGCAUGAUGUGGACAGUCGAAGGCAGCAUAUCCCUAGACUCAUGAAGUGUGUCCGGCUUCCCCUCCUAAGCCGCGACUUCUUGAUGAGCAACGUCGACACAGAGCUGCUUGUGCGACACCAGUCAGAAUGCAAGGACCUUCUCAUCGAAGCCCUCAAGUACCAUCUCAUGCCUGAGCAGAGAGGUGUCCUUAGUAACAGCCGAACGCGCCCCCGGCGUUGCGAGGGGGCCAGCACUGUGCUCUUUGCCGUGGGUGGCGGCAGCCUCUUUGCCAUCCAUGGUGACUGUGAGGCCUACGACACCAGGACAGACCGCUGGCACAUGGUGGCUUCGAUGUCCACUCGCCGGGCCAGGGUGGGCGUUGCUGCCAUUGGGAACAAGCUGUAUGCCGUGGGCGGCUACGAUGGGACCUCUGACUUGGCCACAGUGGAGUCUUACGAUCCAGUCACCAACUCGUGGCAGACCGAGGUUUCCAUGGGGACCAGGCGGAGCUGUUUAGGGGUGGCAGCACUGCAUGGUCUCCUCUACGCUGCUGGAGGGUAUGAUGGAGCCUCAUGUCUCAACAGUGCUGAAAGAUAUGACCCCCUAACAGGCACCUGGACAUCCAUCGCAGCCAUGAGCACCAGGAGGAGAUAUGUCCGUGUGGCAACUCUUGAUGGCAACCUCUAUGCUGUUGGGGGAUAUGAUAGUUCAUCACACCUGGCAACUGUGGAAAAAUAUGAGCCGCAGAUCAAUACAUGGACUCCGAUUGCCAACAUGCUGAGCCGCCGCAGCAGUGCCGGCGUGGCUGUUUUGGAAGGGAUGCUGUACGUGGCAGGAGGCAAUGACGGGACAAGCUGCCUUAACUCAGUGGAGCGCUACAAUCCAAAAACGAACACUUGGGAAAGUGUGGCACCCAUGAACAUCCGGAGGAGCACCCAUGACUUGGUGGCUAUGGACGGGUGGCUAUAUGCAGUGGGAGGCAAUGAUGGCAGCUCCAGCCUCAACUCCAUCGAGAAGUACAACCCGCGCACCAACAAGUGGGUGGCGGCUUCAUGCAUGUUCACUCGCCGCAGCAGCGUGGGCGUGGCUGUGCUGGAACUCCUCAACUUCCCACCCCCUUCCUCCCCUACCCUAUCGGUGUCCUCGACGAGUCUUUGACAAAGAGUCCGGUCGCACCUUGCCUCGAGGGGACUGCAGCAUCUGUCGGAGUGCAAAGCCAGCCUGGCCUGACCCCUGUGGCAGCCAUUCUUUGUGAAGAUGAAAGCGUUGAUGCUGCGCCCAUACAUUUUUAGUAAUAACUUUCUGAGGGGGCCAUUUCUGGUUCUUGUGGUGGAGAUCCAAAUGGGGAUUUAGACCACACUUCUUUAAGAAAGAAAAGAGAGGGGGGGGGAAGAAAACCAAGAGCCCCUCCUGGUUUUCACCAUCUCUUUCAUCAUCACUUGACUGGUUCUGCCUGGUCUUGUCAAGACCGGACUCAAUAAUCUCCUACUUCCAUGUUUGGACAUGACUUCUGGUUCCACCUCCUGCAACGGAGCUUAAACAACAAGAAGGAAGGAAGGAAGGAAGGAAGGAAGGAAGGAAGGAAGGAAGGAAGGAAGGAAGGAAGGAAGGAAGGAAGGAAGGAAGGAAGGAAGGAAGGAAAGAAACAAAGCCCAUCUAAGGCAGGCAGGAGGAUCACUUGUUUCAGUUGCACCAACAGCUGAAUGUAAGCUGUGAAUGUCACAAUUAGCCAAAACUUCUUACCAAGCCUAUAGCGUACUCUUACAGAUUCGUGAGGUGAUACGCCUCUUUCUCUCACACUGGUGUCUAUUGAAAGGGAUGCCUUAAAAUUAAAAAAAAAGAAAGAACCAGGGCUGGAGGGAAGAUGGCUGCAACACAAGCCCUCUUAACAUGUUCAGCGGCCCCUCGCUCUGUCAGCCCAGUUAUGUGCCACCACUUGUGACGUUCUCCUGCCCUCUUCAGCAGCAUGGGUUUUGGGGCAUCCGCCAAUGUGCUGGCUCUGCUGUUUUGAUUCUCCAAUUCCACUCCCCAAAAAUAAUUAGGAAGAAGCUAGCCUGACAACGGUGCUCUGGGAUUGUACUUAGGGAGAAUGAAGGAACUUUUAACAGGGUGGAGCAAGGUUACGAGACUGUGUUCAUAUUAUUCUAUAUUUGUUGACUUUCAAUUUUUGACGCUUGCGUUUCUAAAGUUCUUUAAGAUUUAUUUAUUUUAUUGUUUCACUUCCCGCACAUCAGGUUUUCUGCAC